CCCCCCCCUCCACUACAGAAUGGAACGGCCCCAAACUUAGGCUCCCCCCGCCCGGGAAUGGAAUCACCCAGAACGCCCGCCCGGCCUAGACUGACCCUGCACAGCCCUAAAGCGGCGCUGGCCGCGGCCCGCCGCCGGCCCCGGGGGAGGGGACGGAAACGUUCUGUCGUCACUUCCCCCCGAGCCCUGCAGCCAAUGGGGAAGCCGCACUCCGCAGAGGCGGGUUGGCGCCAAAUACGGAGGGAGCGGGGCGCGCGGGGGCCCAGCGGGGGCCGGCCCGGGCCGCGGGGCUGGGGCAGCAUGGCUGAUCUUCCACAGAACAACCUCCAGAAGCAGCUAGAGCUUCAUUCAGCAAAAGGAACUCACAAUAAACUAGCUCUUCCAAAACACAAAUCAGCAGGUUUCACUUUCAAAAAGAAAAGUGCUCCAGGUAAUGCUGUAUCUGUAAACUGCUUUAGCGUAACAAAGAGCUCUGCACUGAAGGACAAGGACGUUAAUACUUCCCAGACUAAAACUGUUGCAUCUUUUCCCACAUCAAAGGAUAAGCAGAUAAAAAUCAAUGACCUCUUUGAGAAGACAUCCAAACAGCACGAAAUACAACAACUUCGUUCAAACUGGGUAUCAUUAAAUUCUUUUGAAUGUACCCAGCAAAUUUCAAAUGAUUUACCUCCUAGAAAGGAAGAGAAUGUAAGCAAGAAACCAGGCGAUUCUGCUUCCCAGAAAGUAGACCACAAUUGUUCAGAUGACUGUAUUAUUACUAUAGAAGAUGACUGGGAUGACAUAGAUGACUUUGAUAUAUCUGGAAAGAACUCAAAACCAUUGGUUUUAUCCCCCAAAAAUCCAAUUGUAAAACCCAGCAAGACUCUUCAAAUAUCCAAUUCCUGUACAGUUAAAUUAUCUAAGGCAUCCAGGACUGUGAACAGUGAGCAACGAUUGUCAAAACGUUGUCCUUCUGAGAAGGAUGAAAAAUCACUGAAUGACAAACAGCCAGCUCCAUCAAACAGAUCUUUGAUUUGUCUUGAUGUUUCAGAUUCCAAUGAUUGUAAAAGACUUUUAGGUGAAGAUCUUCAAGAGAAGAAGUUGUCUACAGAAACUACUCUGAGUGACAAAAAAGAAGAAACUCAUACAGCUCUCAGUAAAAAACAGUAUAAUGGCAAACACAAGCGAAAUGAGGGUGAGAAGAAUAGCCAGUCGCCGAAGGAACUGGCUAACGGGUGGGAUGAGACUCCCGAUUACACUGGAAUUGAGGAGGAGGAUUACUUAGACUUCAUUCCACCCUCUCCAGAGGAAGAAGUGCUUUCUUCCUCAUCUUCUAUAAAAAACAUUAGUAAUAUUUUCAAAGAACCUGCUGUAGAUGGAAAACUAAGGAUUGAUAACAGUCUGUCAAAACCUGGAAAAAUCAUCACAAAGCAGCCUACCAGUGGAACCGAUAUAGAGCAUGCAGAUGAAUUCUUAAGUUUGGAACAGCAUCUCUUCAGUGUUAUGGAGGACAUCUGUAAACUAGUGGAUUCUAUCCCAAUACAUGAACUUAAGUCUUUGUCUUGUGGGAAUGACCUUCUUCAACAGAGAAAUCUCAGGAGAGAUCUGUUAGCUAAUCGUAUGGAUGCAAAUGCAAACAAAAGUGAUUUAGGUAUGGUCUUUGCCUCAAACUGGAAAUCCCAUCCUGGGCACGUUAUCUCUAUGGAUGACAGCAUUCCUGUUCAAUCAGGUCAAAAAUAUAGUUUAAACUCUGAAGGAAACGCAUUCAAAUUUACAAAAGUUCCCUCUAAACUUUCUGUUGCCGUUGAAUGUCAAGGAAACCUUAACAUGAGCACCUACUCUACAGAUACCUCAGGUACAUCAAAUUUUUCACAUUGUGCUGCCCUGGACACCAACAUCACAAAAAAUGCAGGACUUUCUUUUUCCAAGAUGGAUGUCAAAGAAAAAACAUCACUCAGUUUUCACUCUGAGAUAUCCUCUUUCAACAGUAGCUGGUGUGAAAAACCAAGGAUGGAAAAGGAUGGAAGCUGCCUCAUUUCAGAAAUGCCUGUAACAAGCACUACUUUGAAAGUUGAAAAUAAAAGUUCUACUAGUAUUAAUAACGUAGGAGGAGAUGACAAUUUAGAAGCAGGGGACAUAGACUUUGAUCUUGAUAAUUUUGUUCUUGAUGAUGAUUUUGAUGAGAGGUGGGAUAACCCAUUGUAUGUUUCAGCAGAUGAAAAGACAUCUACACCACUAUACCAACCUAUCAGGGAAGGUCAAUCUGCUAAAUCAUUAUUGAAGUCAUUUUCGACAGUCAAGGAAACUAGCCCUAUAUCUAAUCCUGUUGUUUCAAAACCAAACGUCUUGGUGUUAGCCAAGAGCUGCUCAGGCUUUCCUUUUCUGCUAGAGCCACUGCUGAAAAAAUCACCAUCCGAAAAUCCAGCACUAGCACGCUUCAGAGGCUUUACGUUUUCCCAUUCUAACGACAUGAUGAUGAUAUUUCACAAAAAAUUUGGUCUGCACCAUUUUCGAACAAAUCAGCUGGAGGCCAUCAAUGCUGCUCUGCUGGGUGAAGAUUGUUUUAUCUUAAUGCCCACUGGUGGUGGUAAAAGUCUGUGCUACCAGCUACCAGCCUGUUUAUCCUCUGGGGUCACUAUUGUAAUUUCUCCACUGAGGUCAUUGAUAUUAGAUCAAGUUGAGAAGCUAAUGACGUUGGAUAUUUCUGCUACUUAUCUGACUGGUGAUAGGACUGAUACUGAGGCUUCAAAAAUCUAUAUACAGCUGUCAAAAAAAGAUCCCCAAAUAAAACUUCUCUAUGUUACUCCAGAGAAGGUUUGUUCAAGUAGCAGACUGAUUUCAGCCCUGAAAAAUCUGUAUGAGAGGGACCUAUUGGCACGUUUCGUUAUUGAUGAAGCACACUGUGUCAGUCAGUGGGGCCAUGAUUUUCGUCAAGACUAUAAACGGCUGAACAUGCUUCGCCAGAGGUUUCCCUCUGUUCCUAUGAUGGCUCUGACUGCUACUGCUAAUCCCAGAGUACAAAAGGAUAUUCUAAAUCAACUUGAGAUGCUAAAACCACAGGUGUUUACUAUGAGCUUUAACAGGCAUAACUUGAAAUAUGAUGUAUUGCCCAAAAAGCCAAAAAGGGUGGCAUUGGACUGCUUGGAAUGGAUCAAAAAAUAUCAUCCGCAUGACUCUGGAAUAAUUUACUGCCUCUCGCGGCAGGACUGUAACAAAACUGCUGAAAUUCUACAGGAAAAGGGUCUUGCUGCACUUGCCUAUCAUGCUGGCCUCAGUGACACCGUUAGAGAUCUUGUACAACGAAAAUGGAUUAAUCAGGAUGGGUGUCAGGUCAUAUGCGCAACAAUUGCUUUUGGCAUGGGAAUUGAUAAACCAGAUGUACGCUAUGUUAUUCAUGCAUCUCUCCCUAAAUCUAUGGAAGGUUAUUAUCAAGAAUCUGGCAGAGCUGGACGAGAUGGUGAAGUUUCUCACUGUUUGCUUUUCUACAGUUAUAGUGAUGUAACCAGGCUUAGAAGGCUAAUACAAAUGGAAAAAGAUGGAAACAGUCAAACAAGAAAAACCCACUUUGACAACCUUUACAGUAUGGUUCAUUACUGUGAGAACGUACAUGAAUGCCGGAGAAUACAGCUUUUGGCUUACUUUGGGGAAACUGGUUUUAAUCUUUCCUUUUGUAAGGAACACCCAGAAGUAACUUGUGACAACUGUUGUCGAAAGAAGGAUUACAAAUCAAGAAAUGUGACGGAUGAAGUGAAAAGUAUUAUAAGAUUUGUUCAAGAGCACUGUGGACAAAUGGGGAGAAGAAAUGCCGGUUCUGGAAGGUAUACGUUGAACAUGAUGAUUGACAUUUUCUUGGGUACGAAAAGUGCUAGGAUUCAGUCCGGUAUAUUUGGGAAGGGAGCUGCCUACUCACGACAUAAUGUGGAAAGGUUGUUUAGAAAGCUGGUACUGGAUAAGAUUCUUGAGGAAGAAUUGUAUAUCACUGCUGCCGAGCAAGCAGUAGCAUAUGUAACGGUAGGAGAGAAAGCCCAGGCUGUCCUAAAUGGAUAUCUACAGGUGGAGUUUUAUGAAACUGAGAACGCCAGCAGUAUUCGGAAGCAAAGGGCUUCAGUGACAAAAAUGUCACAACGGGAAGAGAUGGUUAAGAAAUGUCUUGUGGAACUUACAGAUGUUUGCAAAACUCUUGGGAAAGUUUUUGCUGUCCAUUACUUCAAUAUUUUUAACACUGCUACACUCAAGAGAAUAGCAGAAACUUUGUCUUCUGACUCGGAGGUUUUGCUUCAGAUUGAUGGUGUUACAGAAGACAAACUGGAAAAGUAUGGUGCAGAAAUAAUUCAAGUCAUGCAAAAGUACUCUGAAUGGACACUGCCAGAAGACACUGACUCUUACCAAACUGCGGGCACGGAUGCUGGAAAACGUGAGCGUGAGGAGGUAGAGGACACACCCACAACUUCUAGCUAUUUUUGCAACAGCACAAACAAAGGAAAAAAGAGGAAGAGACUACCAUUCUUCAGAGAAUCCAAGAAGAAAAAAACAGGUUAUGGUGGUAGCCAGCAGUCUCGUUCCAAGGGGGGUUAUAUCAACAACAAAAAGAUCUCUUCUAAUGCCAAAGUCCAGACAUCCUCAAGAUACAAUUCAACAUCUUAUGGUACUACUACAGUCAUGCCAGGAACCAGUAGGAAACUGGGGAUUAUGGCACCACCAAAGCCUAAAAACAGACAAUUCCUUAAACCUUCCUAUUCACUUUUAUAACUACUAGAAUGUAAAUACUGUAUAAAGCUACAAGGUGUCAGCAUUUCUAUUAACUUCCAGUUUUUCAACUGUAUUAAAGCUUUGAUAUACAUCUGUACAGUACAAAGAGUGUAUUUGUUUAAAUAAAUGCUUUUAGAU